AUGGCCAAUCUCGCGGGUGAAGGGAUUCCUGACAGAGACAUAGGAGGAGUGAAGCACCACGACCAGCUGCCCGCCAUGACAACAGCGGCAGCAUCAACGUCAACACCAACCCCAAGAGGCGGCGAUGCGUCGAGAUCGACGACACGGCGGAACGAGGCCUGGUGGAGCAUCCAUCCCUUCCGUGGCAUGGUCAACGAUAUCCGUCGCAGAGCGCCUUACUACGUGAGCGACUGGCUCGACGCGUGGGAUUAUCGAGUGGUGCCCGCCACAGUGUUCAUGUAUUUUGCAAACAUUCUACCCGCGCUUGCUUUCUCGCUAGACAUGUUUCAGAAUACGGGAUCCAACUACGGCGUCAAUGAAGUUCUGCUGGCUUCUGUGCUGGGCUCCGUUGUCUUUUCCAUCUUUUCUGCCCAACCACUUGUUAUUGUUGGAGUAACUGGCCCCAUUACGGUGUUUAAUAGUACGGUAUAUAAUAUCAUGAAACCAACUGGUGUCAAUUAUCUCGGAUUCAUGGCUUGGAUAGGAAUAUGGUCUCUAAUUUUACACUGGAUCCUUGCUAUCACCAAUUCUUGCAACUGGCUUCGCUGGGUCACACGAUUCCCCUGCGACAUCUUUGGCUUCUACGUAGCCUUCAUCUAUCUCCAAAAGGGCAUUCAAACUCUGGAGCGUCUUGGUAGCGACAGCGCCUUCUAUCUCUCCAUUGUCGCAGCGUUGCUGCUAUUUAUGGUGGCUUAUAUUUGCAGUGAACUUGGAUCCAGCAGUCUCUUCAGACACCCAGUUCGUGUCUUUUUGAAAGACUAUGGAACACCACUGACUCUCGUUUUCUUUACCGGCUUUGUACACAUUGGCCGUAUGUCCGAGGUGCACUUGGCGGUGCUCCCAACCAGCAAGGCGUUUGAGCCUACAGCGGAUCGGGGCUGGGCUGUUAAUUUCUGGGACUUGAGCGUUGGACAAAUAUUCACUGCGCUACCAUUUGCCAUCCUUCUGACUAUUUUGUUCUGGUUUGACCAUAAUGUGUCGUCCCUCAUCGCACAGGGAAGCGAGUUCCCCCUGAGAAAGCCGGCUGGAUUCCAUUGGGACUUCUUCCUUCUCGGCAUCACCACUGGAGUGGCCGGCAUCCUCGGAUUGCCCUUCCCCAAUGGGCUUAUUCCCCAAGCCCCUUUUCACACAGAAUCCCUUUGCGUCACCAAAGCUGUCAAGCAGCUCGAUGAGAAGGGUGAAGAUAAAGGUGCGUAUACCUUUGAGACGACUCACGUUGUCGAACAGCGGGUAUCAAACCUGGCUCAGGGGCUUCUCACCCUUGGCACCAUGACCGGCCCUCUUCUCGUGGUUCUUCAUCUCGUUCCUCACGGAGUCUUGGCGGGACUCUUUUUCAUCAUGGGCGUCCAAGCCCUUCAGGCAAACGGUAUCACAGCCAAGUUACUCUUCCUGGCCCGCGACAAGAACCUGACGCCGGCAAAUUCCCCUCUCAAGCUCAUCAAACGCCGCAUCGCCAUAUGGAUUUUCGUCAUCAUCGAGCUGGUCGGCUUCGGCGCCACUUUCGCCAUCACACAGACCAUCGCCGCCGUCGGCUUCCCCAUCAUAAUCUUGCUCCUCAUUCCCGUGCGCGCUCUCCUCCUGCCUAGGAUCUUCCACCCAGACGAGCUGAUGGCCCUCGACGAGCCGACUGCCUCAGACUUUACCAUGGAAGGCAUCGGGGGCGCUUGGGGCGGUGGUCGAAAUGAAAUCCAGAGCAGCGACGAGAACACUCCCAUACAGAGCAGGUCCUCGUCCUCCUCGGGGCGAGACAAAAGCCAGGAGGACCUGGCGGAGCUCGGCCAAGUCCAGAACACGCAGAAUACGAUGACUAGGAGGAGAAGCAUCGAUAAGAGGGCCGGCCGAUUACGUAGAGGGAGCAUAGUGCCAGACACGGCGUAA